AGGUGGUUGGUGUCAGCGGGCCAGGGGCUGGGGAAGGCAGGCCAGCCAGACCAAUGCGAGUGGAACAUCCAGGAGAGUUGCUCUUGGUGGGGUUGUAGCAUGGGCCAGCCCUGGCUUAAGCUGAACCCUCGCGUAGAGAGUGUGACGCCUCCACAGAGUCAUGGCUGUGGGUAGCCUGCUCUUCCUGGCGGUGCUGGUCAUCGUGCACCACCCCCUGAGGGUCAGCGACAAGCAGGACCCGGCAACGGUGCAGCGGACGCAGCAGCAGGAGCAGCGGCUGGCCCUGGAGAUGACGCGCCUGCAGUUGGAGUUUGAUCAGAGGAACCAAGAGGAGAGACCGGGCCCACACCAGAGCCUGGGGCCAAACCAGAGCCAGGGGGAGGAGGAGGCCACGGCGCUGAUGGUGGCAGCCAAGCAGGGGCCCAACGACGUGGCCUGGGAUGGGUGGCUCUGUGGGUUCCUGGUCAUUAUCCUGCUCUUUGAGCUCUGCAGGCCAAGCCUGGAGUCCGAAUCCAGCUACGACUCCAGCAGCGAGGAUGCCAGCAGCGAGGAGGAGGAGGAGGACGACGAUGCCGAAGCAGUGCCAGGGGGCUCCUGCACCCGGCAUCCCGACUUCCCCGACAGAGCGGCCCUGGAGCACUUUUAUGAACAGCACCUCCAGGGAGUGUCCGAGGACCUGGCCAGCACCUGCGAGUUUGUGGAAGGUCUGGUAAACAGCCUGCUGGAGGUCUGCCAAGUCCUCACCUGCCAGACCUUCCUCCCACAGCUGGAGAACUGCAUUGGCAUGGAUAGUGCCUUUGAAGGCUGGUUCCCCCAUAGGGACUCCGAGGCCUACCGGGUGCUCGUGCCCCUGCUGCCGCCCAAGGGGCACUCCUUCCGCCUGGAGAUGGAGAAUGUGGAGGGCACCCUGGAGAAGCACGGCCACAUCCUGGUGGAGCUGGAGUGCUUGUGCAAAAGGGAGAGGCUGCUGGGGGACGUGAUCUGCCUCCUGCACCACGCCGAGGAAGACCUGAGUGACAACAUACAGGGGCCCUUCCGCGUGCACGUCUUGUGCACUAGCUCCCACUUGGAUGUGGAAAAAACCACCCUCUGGUUCCACAGUCUGGUAGGCAAGGCCUGGGCCCUUGUGGCUCACAACUACAGCUUCCAGCUCACAGCCCAGCCCUCUGCCUCCUCCUGCAAGCUCAGCCUGGCUUGUGAGUCCAGGAGGGCCCUCUCCAUUGAGAUCAUACUCGGGGUGCAGCGGGGAAACUCUCUGGUCUUCCUGGCCAGCCACGGGGCUGAGACGGGCCCCCCGAGCAGCCCAGUCUGGCUAGAGACCUUCGCUGUCCAGGAAAUGCUGUUCUUCCAGUGGGUGAGCAGGUACGCCCCAAAGGAUAGCUGUCACCUGAAAUGCCUCCAGAUCCUCAUCCACCUCAAGGAAUGCAGGCUGCCCAUCCCGGAGAACAGGAUCCUUACCACCUACCACUUCAAAACCGCCCUGAUGCACCUACUGCUCCUCCUGCCGGUGUCGGAAUGGCGCCCGGAACAGCUAGCUCAGAGGCUGCAGGACAUCCUCUCGUACCUGCGCCGUAGCCUGGAGGAGAAAUGCCUCUACCACUUCCUGAUUGGAAACAGCACCCUGGCCAGCCACAUCCCUGUCCUCAAGGCCUUCCGGAAUGCCGAGCCCCUCAACCUCUUCCAGCAUCUGGCACUGGAGCCUGCUGCUCAUGCCCAGGCAACCAGCGAGUUCCUGGAAGUGAUGGAGCAAGUCAAGGCUCUACAGAGCAGCAAUUAGCAAGACAGUGUGUGGGUCUGCGGCACCGAGCAGCCGAUUAUGCUGUGAGUCUGACAGCCUAGCCCAUCAUCUGCGGCACAGAAUCAAUGUAGCUUCUGUCUCUGGUGUGACUCUCACUUGCAACCUCCCUGCUGAAAAGCACAGGCCCAGCACAUGGUCUGAUCAGCCACUUCAAGACCUGGCAAACUCGUACCAUCAUCGGGCUGGAUAGGCCGUUGCUUUUAGCUGCCUCUUUCUGGUCACAGGUUUACAGCAGUGCUACAAAAUAUCCUGGCGAUGCCAGACUCUUGUUAGGCAGAAGGGAAAAGGAGAAGAGAAGCACAGAGAAGAACAAAGGGAGGGAAAGAAAAGGACACGUGGGCUGGAGAGAGAGACACAAAGUUUCACAUCCCAGGUGGUGGUUGGGAUUCAGCCGGAGCUGGGUCUGGGUCCGUCUCUGGCCUCGUCUGGUCAGGACAUCACUCAAGAUCAGGAAGGAUGACGUCCCACUGUCCCAGGAGAUGGUGGGGAUGGCAACCAUGGUGGUGAAGCUUGCUCCAGUAGCCAAUUUUUCUCCCCAAAGUCUCUAAAGCCCCACAUUAGUUUGUCCAUCAAUUAGUUUCA